UUCAACUUUUUUAGAAAGGAAAGAAAAAGUUUCAGUGGUCUCUUUAUUUUUUCCGGAGCUGUAUGUAUAUUUGCAGUCCAGUGGUAGAUGGGGAAAACAGAUUUAUUUUGUUGUUGAACAUGUUUAUAAUUUCAGGAUUAUGAGUGAAUUAAUUGAAUACAGGUACAGUUUCAAAGCAGUUCCUUGGAAUAUCUUGCAUUGCCCAUUCAGAGCCAAAAAUACAACAUUUGUUUUCAGUUUAAUCUGCUAAAAACUUGCUAAAUGUCGAUAUGCACAUUGUCAAAGAAGCUACCUCCUUCCUUUUUUUUUUUUUUUUACUUAUUUGGACAAUUGGAUAUUUAAGCAAAAUGUCUGCUAAAUUAUUUGAUAAAGGUAAUGCAGUUUAACAAAUCAUCCAUAAAAAAACAUUUAAAACAUUUAUGCUAAUUUAAAAUGGAGCAAUGCCAUUUCCUUGGAUGUGUUGAAAUACAUCAUGGCAAGAUCAAAAUAAUGAGGGUUCUGGGAGGGGUUACAAAGCCUUUUCCAAGCAUUUUGAAGUACAUAAUUUUAGUGGCCGACAAAUCAUCAAACCCACCAGAUGCUGAAUAUCUUCUCUGGUGAUGCUCUGCCAGGCAUGUAUUGCAGUUGCUGUAUGUUUAAAAUAUCUUUUUAAUUCAAAUGCAAAUGCAAAUGAAAUAUAUAUUUAGUUGGAUUUUUUAUCUGGAGAUUGACUUGGCUAGCCAAGGACUUUCCACAUUAAGCAUUAAAAACUCCCUAGAAAUAAUUUUGCUAAUCAUCAAUAAUUAGCUUAGCCAGUUCAGCCAGGAAACCCGAGUGGUAGUUGGUCAGCAACACAUGAGCUGAUGUAGGAUUGCCCCGAAUGUAUUGUGAUCCUAACAAUGACUCUGGACUGUAUCAAGCCUUUCCAUUCACCUUCACCUCGCUGGGUCAAGCUACACGUAAUCAUAUGCUGAAGAGAUGAGUCUUUAGUAGACACUUGUUUGAACUGAGUCUGCCUCUCCAACCUUAACCAGUAGAUCAUUCCACAGAAGUGGAUGUCUAAGACAGAAAGCCCUGCCUCCGACUGUUUGUUUAGAAAUUCUAUGUUAGACAUUUUUUGGUCUGUGUUGUGUUGUCUGACCUUGAACUUGAAUAAAACAUAUACAUUUUUACUCUAUUUCUUUCUUCGAGAAAUUGUUUACAGUAAGAACUGGUUGAUUAAAUAACAAAACAUUUUUCUUUGUUUUUUAUUCUUCUUUGCUCAUUCAUCAAGGAUUCCAUGAAUUCUGGAGUACACUGCAUUUGGAAAAGAGGGUAAACAUUUGGACAAGAGGGCAAAGCAUUUGAAGAAGCACAAUACAGUAAAUGUGAGUUAUCACGUCACAGCAAAAUGACCGAUAAAGGCAUUCCAGAUAGUGUUGCAUUUAAAACGCAAAACUUCAGUAAUUAAUAAUGAACCAGUAACCACAUCAACAUAAUUCUAGCUUCAGUGGGAACCAACGUCAAAUAUCAUUCCAUAUGUGAGAAUGAACCAGCAUACAACAGAGCCCACAGGUUAGUGCUUGUAUGAAUUAGAAUGACCACAGCCUAUUCUGUGUCUGUGUGUUUGUCUGUUUGUCCACAGCUUUCUCUUUUUGUUUGUCCGUGCAUAACUUGGAAACACUAUCUGUUCCAUUGAAUCUCCUCAUUAAAGUUCAGACGAAGAAUUAAACAAUGACAGACAGUUUUGAGAGCCAGUUUGUGGAUGCCCAUAAUGACUACCGCCAGAAGCAUGGUGCCCCGCCCCUAACACUGAGUAGUGACCUUUGUAUCUCCGCCCAGAAAUGGGCAGAUCAUCUUCUGUCAUCAAAGUGCCUGGAACACAGCUCCACAGAUCAUGGAGAGAACCUUUACUAUGCAUCCAGCUCUGUUCCCAAAGAAUAUAAUGGGAAGGACGCAGUGGAUAGUUGGUACAGUGAAAUCAAAGAUUACCACUUUGAUAAGCCUGGCUUCACCCCUGGUACAGGUCACUUCACCCAGGUGGUUUGGAAGGACUCUAGAGAGGUGGGAGUGGGUAUUGCCACAGAUGGGAAAACCAUCAUUGUGGUGGGCCAGUACCACCCAGCCGGCAACAUCAGCAACGCUGGCUACUUUGAGAAGAAUGUCCUUCCACCAGGUAGUUCCACCUCUGACAGACCCUCUUCACCUGUAAGGAAACCUGAUCCCAGCCAGAAAGGCACGACUCAUCCUGAGGGAAAAGGCAGUGCCAGUGAGCUUGAUACAUUUGUCCGUGAUCUUCUGACGUCCCUGAAUCAAUAUCGCAGUCAACACGGGGCAGGACGUCUGGAGUUGAGCUCUGCCCUCACGAAGGAGGCCCAGGAAUGGGCAGAUCACCUUAUAAGCAUCAACAGACUGAUGAACAGGAACAAAGGCCAUGGGGAGAACAUAUUCUGCCUCUCUGGAUCCAGUAAAACAGCUCCUACGGGAUCUUAUGUAGCUGAGUCUUGGUACAAGGAGAUUGAAAAGUAUGACUUCUCAUCCCCUGGUUUUAAGAACGGAGCAGGUAACUUCACCCAAAUGGUGUGGAAGUCCUCAAAACAAGUAGGUCUGGGCUUGGCAACUAAUGGGCUGGGCAAAUUUAUUGCUGUGGCAUUCUUCGAUCCAGCGGGCAACAUCAACAACACUGACUAUUUCCAUGACAACGUGAAAACCAAAGGUAGCAGGAUGUAGCGUGAGCCAUAGUGUGCAAUAUCUUCCAUUUACCACAGAGGUUAAAUCCCCAUCUAGUUCUACAAUGUAUAUUCCCUAAAUUGUAUUUUAAACCUAACCCAAACCAUACCCACACUGUUUACCUCAUUCCCAAGUAUACGUUUAGACCAAAUUGAUAGUUCUUGUUUCCAGUUGUUACUAAAAGUGUUGAAUAAUCAAGUGGAAACCAAGCAAAGGAUUUACCAAUGGUUUCUAUUGCUUUGUUCUUUAGGGCCUUUAAUUGUUCCUCUUUUUUAAGGCUUGGAAUCUAUAUGUAUUAGAGUAAAUCUGUAGUGUUGCUAUGACUUCUGUUAUGUUUGUUAGAAAAGGGUCAUGUUUUGGGUAUGGUUUGUGAUAUAAAUUACAAGGUUUAUUUUCUUAAAUCUGUAUGAGUUGAUUUUACAUUGUCUUUCUUUUUGUUACAUUUCACUGUAUUUCCUGUCAAAUAAACAUGUACAGGCAGUCUAACUGGA